AAAAGCUGCUCGAACACGAGGUGUAAAAUUUUCUCCUAAUAAAAUGGUGUUGAUGUUGUAAAAAAAAAAAGAAUAAUAUAAGACAACCUUCGUUGUUCUUCUUUCCUCUGCGCUCGAAUAAUCCUUCCUUCGAUUUUCCCACUGAGAUCCAUAUUUGCUUUCGCAUCCGUCAGAGAACAUCAGAAAGUGGGUUUCUUCAUCGCCGGUAAGAAACGCAGAGCAAAUGGAUUCCGACGAUACCGUGCCACUAAGCGAGCGGCCCGAGUGGUCGGACGUGGUCCCGUUGACUCAGAACGACGGCUCGAACCCGGUGGUUCCGAUCGCCUACAAGGAAGAGUUCCGCGAGACCAUGGAUUACUUCCGUGCAAUUUACUUCUCCGACGAGAGAUCUCCUCGCGCACUACGACUCACUGAAGAAACCCUCCGCUUAAACUCCGGGAACUACACAGUCUGGCAUUUCAGGCGACUAGUACUCGAGGCGCUUAAUCACGACUUGUAUCAAGAACUCGAAUUCAUCGAGCGCAUCUCUGAAGAUAACUCUAAGAACUACCAAUUGUGGCAUCAUCGGCGAUGGGUUGCUGAGAAACUGGGUCCUGAUGUUGCGUGGAGGGAACUUGACUUUACUCGGAGGGUACUUUCACUUGAUGCCAAACAUUAUCAUGCUUGGUCACACAGGCAGUGGACACUACAAGCAUUAGGAGGAUGGGAAAAUGAGCUUGAUUACUGUCACGAGCUCCUUGAAGCUGACGUCUUUAACAAUUCUGCCUGGAAUCAGAGGUAUUACGUUAUUACUAGAUCUCCCUCGUUGGGAGGCUUACAAGCCAUGAGAGAAUCUGAAGUAAGCUACACAGUCAAAGCCAUUUUAGCCAAUCCUGCAAACGAGAGCUUGUGGAGAUACCUGAAAGGUCUUUUCAAAGACGACACAGAGUCCUGGAUUAGUGAUCCUAGUGUUUCCUCAGUCUGUUUGAGAGUUCUCUCUCGUACAGAUUGCUUCCAUGGAUUUGCUCUGAGCACCCUUUUGGAUCUUCUAUGCAACGGAUUGAGACCAACCAGCGAGCAUAGAGACUCGGUGAAAGCUCUAGCUAGUGAAGAACCAGAUACUGACUUGGCCAAUUUGCUGUGUACCAUUCUCGGUCGUGUAGAUCCUAUAAGAGCUAACUAUUGGGCAUGGAGGAAAAGCCAGAUUACAGUGGCAAUGUGACUAAUUUACACAUUUUGAUUUUGAUUUUUUUUCAUUUUCUAUCUCUGUACUGCUUCUUUAUGAAUCACAUGAACAUGUUUUAAUUCAAACAUCAUUUUAGCC